GCGGCGCGCGAGCCAAUGACCCGGGCGGCUCGGGGCUGGCGGCGGUAGCGGCGGCGGCGCCGUGGGAGUCUCCUCGUCCGCUGGCGGCUGGGGGCGGCGACGUGAGGGCGACAUGGAAGUGAAGGAUGCCAAUUCUGCACUGCUUAGUAACUAUGAGGUGUUCCAGUUACUAACUGAUCUGAAAGAGCAGCGUAAAGAAAGUGGAAAGAAUAAACACAGUUCUGGGCAACAGAACUUGAAUACUAUCACCUAUGAAACAUUAAAAUACAUAUCAAAAACACCAUGCAGGUACCAGAGUCCUGAGAUUGUCAGUGAAUUCCUCACAGCAAUGAAAAGCCACAAGUUGACCAAAGCUGAAAAGCUUCAGCUGCUGAACCACAGGCCUGUGACUGCUGUGGAGAUCCAGCUGAUGGUGGAAGAGAGUGAAGAACGGCUCACGGAGGAGCAGAUUGAAGCUCUUCUCCACACCAUCACGAGCAUUCUGCCUGAGGGGCCAGAGGCUGAGCAAAAGAAAACCACCAGCAAUGCCGAGACCAUGGACAAAGAGGACCCUGCAUAGAAGAGUGCAGCUGGCCCAGCAACUGUUUCCUGCAUGUUCCGAGGAUUGUUUGUUUGAUUUUACCCUUUCCCCCAACAGGCCUCAUUUCACAGUUAGGUGGGUAAAUGACAAAAAUAAGCUGAAAAGAAGUAUUUGUGCCUUGGGGACAAGAAGCAUGGUGAAGACAGGCUGUGGUUGUCAGGGCAGAGUGCUGAAGAGGGGAGGACAGUGACUGUGGACCCUGUGGUAGAACUGUUUCUUCUAUGGCCUUUGCCCCACUUGUGGGGAGGUCUAUGUGCACAGCUGGUAAAAUACUUGGGUUGCCUUUGAUGGGCUGAGUCCUAAUUAGUUUCAUCUGCUUCCCUAGAAAUUUCCCAAGCAGGGGCUUAGAGCACUGUUAGGAGAGUUGAAUUAUGAGAAUCUGACUAGAUGGCUAAAACCUCCUAGAGCAACAAAUUGAUGCUCCAGGUUAACAUGAGCUGCUGAACUUGGCUCACCUUAGAGGAAUUUCCUUGAGAACAGGAGAGAUAAGAACAGGCCUGGCUGACCCUUCAUCUGUUUUAAAGGCCCCUUUCCUCUGCUGGCAUAGGCUUUGUUUACUGGCUCACUGUUUACUGUUAAAUGUUAGAGAUCAGCUCAUUCUAUUUGGAAAGAGGCACUCUGCACUGAAUGACAGCGGCAGCAAAAGAACAGCGCUGGCUGUCUUUCUGACCACCCUCGGGUUCUUGCCCCAACACGGCAGAUUCUAUUUGGAAAGAGGCACUCUGCACUGAAUGACAGCGGCAGCAAAAGAACAGCGCUGGCUGUCUUUCUGACCACCCUCGGGUUCUUGCCCCAACACGGCAGCCCUGGGCAGGCACUGCCUGUUGACACCAGGGGAGCUUCAUUUGCCCCAUGGGCUAAUCGUUUGCCCCUUUACAAAAGGCACAGUUAUGUAGCUCUUUUCAUGAGCAGAAUGUGUAAGACCCAGAAGUUGAUCAAUAAGAAUUUGAAUGUGCUAGCUGUUGGAAGAAUACAUCCAUUUUUGAAUUUAAAAUAUUAAGAUAAUUACCAUGUGGAGACCUUUUUAAUAUUCAGACUUUGGAAAGUUUAGUAGCUGCAGGCAUGCGGUUGCCUUAAUUCCUAAGAAUAUUGCUAAAAAUCUGGUUUCCCACAUUUACUCUGUUCCCUGUUUAGGGAAGAAAAUGCCCAUAGAUAUUAAUUUUCCAAAUUGGUGCUCAUUUUGUUGUAAGAUUACAUAUUUUCAAUGCUACUGUUAAUUAGAUGACUUCUGACCCCCUUGCAAUUCCUAGUUUACUUGAACUUUCCUACUCAUCCCCAUCCCAUCCCCGUCCCAUCCCCUACAAUUGACUUCAGUUAUGUCCAUCUUAACCUUAUCAUCUAAGGACUACCUGAAUUCUCUUUACAGGCAACAUCGAAAGUAACAGAUUUUGUUUUUACAUCUCUCUUGAAUAUCGGGAAUCUGUCAGGAGCUGUCGAUUUCUUUGUCAAGGCAUACAUGUGCCUAUGUCACUAUUGUCUCUUUUUAACCUUAGGUGUGUUAGGUGGUUUUUCUUGAUGGGUUUAGGACUUAAUCUAGUUAUUAAUAAUAAAUGGUUUCCAGGUGAUUGUCAACCUGUGACAUUUUAUAAAUCUUUGAAGAGUUUGUAUUGUCAUGGCUAGAGAGAAAUAAAGUGAAAUCUGACUUA